AUGCUUCUCUUCUGCCCCUGCUGCGCCAACAUCUUGACGGUGUCGGCACACCCAGAGACGGGCCGCAACCGGCUCGAGUGCCGCACCUGCCCGUACGAGUACGCCAUUGCUACGCCGCUCUUUAGCCGCCGGGAGUUUACACGCAAGGAGAAGGAGGACGUGUUCGGCGGCCCGGGCGCGUGGGACAAUGCGCAAAAGACCAAGGUGCAGUGCCCGGCAGAGGGCUGCGACGGCGGCGAGGCAGCGUUCUUCCAGGUGCAAAUCCGGUCGGCCGACGAACCGAUGACGAGUUUCUUCAAGGCAACGAACUCGCACUCAAUCUCGAAACGCGUCUGCAAGACAUCAGUGGUGGCGCCGUUAGCGGCCGUCGGCAGCGAGGGCGGCUCGUUGUUGCCGAAAGCAGAAGCCAUCGUCGGAGGAGAUAUAUCGUUGUGUGGAUUGUCGGUGGUAUUGGGUGAUCUCUGGCUCGGAUUGCGCGUGAUGCUGAGCUGUGCACAGACAGAUGUCGUUGCAAAUUGA